AACUUAACUAAGUGACUCUCCAUCACACAACUAAUAUAUAAUAAAGCUGGUAAUACAUUAGCAUAAAUAACCUCAACCUGAGGAGUUACCCCUUCACCAUGUAGUUACGCCUCUUAGAACUACUUUUAUUCGUUCCUGGUUUCAACCCGGAAGGUCUAUUCAUAGUUCAUUUUCAUACGAAUGGGAAUGUGAGUUUACAGCAGAAGUGCGCGUUAUAAAAUAGCUCGUUAUGUUUCCUUGACAUAUCGCUGACUUGGUAUUUAAAAAUCAUGAAAUUGGUAAGCUUUAUCAAAAAUAUGUUUUACGUUUUAUAUCCGAUUAUUGCGCACUGUUUCAUUCAGUUAAUGUACUAUUUUAAUACUAUUAUAACCGGUAGUGAACAAUCACGUAUAUCCGAUUUUUUUAAAAAUGGAAACUGGCAUUUUACCUAAAAGGAACACACUAAAGAAAAAUAAAUGUAAAAAAUACUUUAAAAAUUUAACAUGAGCGUUUAAACUAUUUUAUAAUUAUAAUGUGUCACUAUUCUAUUUUAAAGUUUUUAUUAGUUACAAUGAAAUGUAUAAUUAAGAAAACGAAAAAAAAUAUAUUCCCGAAAAUAUUUACAAUACAGGCCUAUUUUUAAAGGCAUUUAAGCCACGUUAAACAAGUGAAAUAUUUUUUUAUGAUUAAUUACAUUAUUUUUUAGAAAUAUUUGUACAUUUUAACUUGAAGAAACCAGUGGUGCGUGUUAAAUAGUCAAUUAAAGAUAAUGAUCUAAAGUAAGCUUUAGAUGAAACGUUACUAGGAUUAUCUUAAUUUAAUGUUCAUUUUCGGGAUUAUUUGAAUAAAAAUAAUUAAUUUUAUUUCUGUUCCUUUGUGAAAAACAACUACUAUUUACCAGGAAUAAAAGUAAGUUUUAAUAAUAUUUUUAAAUAUAUAAAUAUAUAUAAUAAAUUUGCUAAUUUUUUUUCAAAUCAAUGAUACUGAUUACUUUAUAGACAGUGGGGUAGCUAGAUUAAUAGCCUUCGGGGAGGGACAUUUUGUUCACCCCUCCGAUGAUAAAUAACUCUGCAUUUGGUUGGAGAACACCACCCUUCAAUAUAUAGAAAAGAAAGUUCCAACCUGAGCUAGAGCCCCCCAUCCACACCCCUCCCCAGGUCAGUGAUCUUAGAUCAUUUAUUAACUAUUGCAAUAGUUUCAAAGCAAGGCCAUAUUUUAAACUAUGUUUUAUUUUAAAUCGCUACAGACCGAAACUAAUUAUUACUAAAAUUCGGAAAAAUAUAUACAUUGACAAAUGAUACUCUCAUUUGUUUACUUAUUUACUAAGCUAAUUUUUUUUAAGUGGAAAAUUUUAACAGAGAGCGUUAUCUAAAAUUGAUAUUAUAACUUAAAUGACACAAGUCAACUCUAUUCUUAUGCACGCUUUUCCUAUCAUCCUCUGGCAAAGAGUCAUUUCUUUAUAAUGGUUACCCCUUUAAUUUUUGUAGGCUAAAUAUGUAUAACAUUUUCGUAUUUUAAAAAAAUAUUUGUAUAAAAAAAAAUCAACUUUUCUUUUCUAAUCUCAUUUACAAACUAUAUAUUCUCUUGUAGAAUCUCGAAUAUGAGGACACGACAUUGUGCUUUUACAAAUCAUGAAUUAUUUGAUCAAGCUCCUAUCAGUAAUAUGUCUAUUUGGUAAGUAAAUGAAUACUAUCAGCUAUUUGUAUAUUUUGGUAAAUUAAUAAUUAUUGUCAACCUUUUUGAAAAAAGUGUAUCGUGUUUUUACAAAAAUUGCUAAGAAAAAAUGUGAAAAAAAACCAACAAAAUAAUGCGGCUGUUGACUUGUAUUUCUAGAAUCUAUAGAACAUAUAAAAGAAAAAAAAAGCUACCUUCAGGUUAUUUGAACAGCGCUGUUAAAAGCAUAACUGCUGGACAUCAUACUUGACAUGUCCCCUGAACAUCUGCAAAGGAUUUGUCAAUUAGAUAAAAUCUUAUAGUUAACACAUUUUAAAUGUUAACGUCGAUAACAUGUUUAAAAGAUCAGUGAAAAUUUACAGCAGAUAACUUCCUUUUCAAUAUUAACACUUACCACUUAUUAAGUUUAGGCCUAGACCCAUGCAUACAAGUAAAGGUGGCACAACGUAGGAGUUCAGAGAGCAUUUUCUAAGAUAAUCAAACUUUUAAAAAAUGACAAAAAUAUUAACAGAAACUUCCAUUAAAAAAGAUAUAAAACUAUUUUUUUUCUGUUGAUAUGCAUUGAAAUGCCAUUAGUUUUUACAUGCCAAGCUUUUCUCUAAUGCAAACUAAAUUUUACUAGAGAUGAACAAAAUCAAGUAAUCGAUCAGCUUUCUUGUGUUAGCCAAUGACUUUCUAAAUGCAGCUGGGCCUCUGCGACUUGCAGUCAUUUAAUUUGCAACCAAUAACUUAAGCAUUGUUUUACAUGCUCUUUCUGCGUACAUAAAAAAAUAAUGAAAAAGGGUGCUCUGUGGGCUACGCCCUACCUUUUUAAGAGUAUAUGUACCCUGAUAUGGCUAAGAGAAUUCACUGAAUGGCUGUUUUUUUAACUAGGGAAAUACUUAUAUAUAUAUAUAUAUAUAUAUAUAUAUAUAUAUAUAUAUAUAUUAUAUAUAUGUCUUUUACUCAUAUUUUUUUAUUUUUAUGUUUAAAAUUUACAUUGAAAAAAAAUUUUUUUUUUAUAUAUAGAAAUAUAUAUAUAUAUAUAUAUAUAUAUAUAUAUAUAUAUAUAUAUAUAUAUUAUAUAUAUGUCUUGUACUCAAAUUUUGUUAUUUAUGUGCUGAAAAUUUACAAUGAAAAAAAAUACAAAACAUAAUUUCCAUUUGUUUUAGAUUAAUAAAAGAAUCUUAUCUUAUCUUAAUAAUAGAUGUUGUCAAUGAAAAUCUUUGAAAACAUGGACAAUUUUAAGGUAGUCGAUGAAAUGUGUGUUACUAUGAUAAUAUAACAAAUUAUUAAAUAUAGCUAUGUCUUUAUUCAUUUACUAAUGUACGAAUCAUAAAAUCCUUAGAAAGAAAUAUUUUGUUCAUUUACUCCUUUUAUAGCUUUUAUAUAUGGUAAGAAAAUAACACUGCUUGACUAUGGCCUUGAACCCAAUACGAUAAACUGCACACCCGGUUAUGCUAGCAUCAACCAUACAAUUGUGUUGACAUGUCUGGUGAAUUAUUCAGAAGAUGAAUCAAUCAUUCACGUGCAGUUCCGCAUACAAAAUGUUAUUGAUGGCAGCUCCACCCAUGUGAGUGUUACUUAAUGUCAUGUAAUGUUAAGUUUAACAAUUUACAUGUUUAAUUGAUGCUAAUGGCUACUAAAGGUUUGAUCCUAAGCAUACAUAAAUCGAAAACAAAUACAUUUGUGUCUAAUUAGCCCGAACAAAAUUAAAACUGCAAGUAAAAAAUAAAGUAAGAUGAACAACUCAUUUACAUCUUCUCAAUUUGUUAAAUUAAAAAAAAACAAAAAAACAACAACAACAUUUAUUUGUAGUGUAAUAACUAUUUGAAAAAAAAAUCUAAACUUGAAUUUAACGUUAUUAACUCUCAAAAGACGGGAGAUUGAAAAAUCGGUCAUAUAUGGCGGGUGAAAAAAAGGACCCCUAAUAUAUAUAUAAAAAUAAUAUUAAAAGGCGAAAAUAAAGAUUUAUUAUUUUGGAAUGUUAAAUUUCUAUUUGGCAAGAAAGAAAAAUCGUUUAUUUUACUAGUUCUUGAAGAAAUCUGGUAGCAACUUGUCCAUUCAUAAAUUUUCCUUUUCGCCAUUUACUCAUAUUUUGCCACAAUUCCGGUUCACUGUUACUACACUCUAAAACAUUGCUAUGGAAUCUGAUUCUGAUUAUAAGCUUGAAAUGGACAACUAUUCUUACUUAGAGGAAUAUUUUUGAUGAAGAUAGCACUUCAUAUGUGUCUGAUACCGAGAAUUGUGUAAAUUAUCAUCAUAAUAAUAGCAUCCAAGGUUUGUUUACUUUUUUCAUUCAUACUCAACUCACGCAUACUGUGAUACUUCUUAGCACUAUUAUUAGCCCUAACAUUAGUUUUAUUCAAGUUCCAGUAGUAUAAAAUUCUUAAAUAGAUUAAAUUAUUUAUUUGUUUGAAACUAAUUUGUAGUUAUACAAUUAUUUUAAUAUUAUUACGUUUCAGUUAGCAAAAUGUAAACAAUGGUUCUCAAGGCCAAGGCUAUUAUUACACUGUAACAAUCAGCUGUGUUCCCUUUUCAAUGAAAACUUGAAGUAAAAGUAAUUUAGGCAGAUUGUUUAUUAUUUUGAAUUCUUUUUAUUUAUAUUUUAAUUUUUUUAUUUUAGCUAAACUAAUUUUUUUUAAAAUAUUUUGACAGCAUCUAUGAAGGGCAGAUGUCAAACAUAGUCAAUACAAUGGGUUAUGAUGACAAAAGACUGUGGGACUCUUUGCUGCAUUUAGACCAGAGGUGAAAAGCACUAUUGCUUCCUGAUGUUAUAACAAGAGAGGAUAUAAGGAGAUUUUAAAAGCAAAUUGACAUUUUCAACCUCUACUUUACUACAGAUUUGGUUGGUUAUUAGUAAGCCUUGUGCGCAGGACAAUGGACCGCAGAACUUUUGUGUUUUCAAAAAUUGGUACCAUUAUAACAUCAUUGAAGGGGAGUUUUAUCUACUAAGUGGAUUUAUUAUGAAUGCAGGACUUAUCAAGCUCUUAAUUUUACAAGAAAUGUCCAGGAAAUCCUUUUAUGAUGGACAAUGAGCAAGGCCAUUAGUACUAAGGACAUAUUCAAGGCUAUAUUGAGUUUCCUAAAAGUUUCUGAUACUGAAAAUAAAGGAAACAUGCUGUGUACAAUUGGGAGACACUUCUGUAUCUCAAUGCAAAAUACAAUCAACUGUAUCAGCAUCAAGAAAAUGUAGCAAUUAAUGAACAAUUUAGGGAACAAUUGACAUAUUUGAUGAUAAACCUGAUACUGUAAAGCCCGAAAUCUUUACAUCGUGCGCCGCAACAUGACAAUAACAAAAAAUGUAAUUGUGGGUUACCAAAACAGGGUAAAAUGGUCAGAGCAUAUGUCACAGGCUUUGUUUUUGAUACAUUUUUAUGUUUUAAUAAAUAAAGAAAUUGUUUUCAAGAAUUUUUAUGCAUGGUCUUGGCGAAGGAUUAUAUCCUUUGAUCGGUAUCUCGGGGAUGCAUAAAAAAUGUUUAUUUAUUAAAAUGUGCCUUUUUUCUUAACUUUUCUUCUCAAAUAAUACUUACUAAUAACCCUCUAAAGGAUAAUAUGAUGCAGUAUAUGUUUUCCUUUGAAAAAAAAAAUUAUUAUUAUUUUUUGAAAAUAAUUUUGACUUUUUGAGCAAUAUUUCCUUGAAUGAUCUGUUGCCUACAAAUAGUCAUAACUUUUUUAUUUAUGAGUCUAUUCUUUUGAAAUUUGAAUAUGUUUUAUAGUAUUGAACACAUUCUAAUAAAUUAUCAAUUUUAUUGAUUUAAUUGGAAACACUUUUUUUUUUCCUUCUUUGUAAAACUGUGAUGUUAUGUUUUUGUCGACUUAAAAAAAUAUUUUUUUUGCCUAAAAAUAAUAAAACAUCAAAUUUAGCAAGGAUAUUUUGAACAAACACCAAGUAUCAAUUAAAGAGCAUCCAAUUACCUUUAAAAUGAUAUAUAAUACUUGGAGGUAGCUACAAAAUUACAGUCACGAGACACUUUGAAGAAUAAGAUAUAUUCAAGGUCAUUAAAAAAUGGAAAAAUCUACAGUCUUUUGAGAGUUAAGUAAACAUUGUUUUCAAUAACAUACUGAAUGUUAUAUGUAAAAAAAUUCAAAUUUAAAAAUAAAAUUUGAAAGAAAAAAAAAAAAGUCAAUGGCUCAGUAUUAGAUGAAAGUAAAUUAGAAAUUUCAGCGACGAUUUUUGUUUUUUUCUGUUAACACACAAUUUCCAUUUUAAAGGGUCAAAAAAAAAUUCACUGACUUUAUUGCAGUUGAGUGACUUCAACAUUGCAUCAAAUUGUUUGCCGAACGUGAAAUCCCCUGACUGUGUUAUUGUUGGAAAAGGUGCUGUAAAGAUUACUGUCAAAGUAGAUGCAUCACAAGAGAACAGCGGCGUCAACAUUUACGCGCGUUUAUUUGGAGAGGACCGUACAGAUUCAGUACAAAGCAACACUAUUAAACUACCAGAAAUAACAGGUAAUACUAAUUUAUUUCGAUUGAAUUUGAGCGUCAUAAGCUAUUUGUUAUCAAAAGCUUUAUACACUAUUAAAUUAUGAAUAAUACAGAAAUGCUAUAAAUGCAUGUUUCAGUUAGUUAAGAAUAAAUUGAAAUCUUUUGAAAACUGAGAAACAGCAUCUUCACAUGGUAGAUUUUGUUUACUUUUUCGGUUUGUAAAGUUAGGUUUAUAGAAAUUUCUUUCCAGUCAUAUGUUUUCAGUGACCAUGAAGCUUGGGGCGGGGGUGGGGGGUUUGCUAGAAUUCGACUCUCAUGACAUCGAUUUGUUAAGCUGUGUUAUUCCAAGUAAAUAAUCUCACACCCGAAUUUCAGUUGAUGAUAACACUUCAUGUCUCUUCAAAAAUUAUAACAUUUAAUCAACUUGUAAUCACAAAUAAUUUGAAAGAGUAAAAUCUUUGUGGGAAAUUAUCUUUUUUGUUUUUUACUUUUAUUUAAUUACCAAUACAAAUUUGAAUUUAUAAGUUAAAACCUGUGAUAUAUUUUAAUGACGAUCAAAUAAUAUUUAAUAGAGAUUCCUAAUCAAUUAGAUUUUUAUAAGAAUAGACUAUAUUUAAAAACGUCAGUAGUUUUAUUAAGAUUUAUAUUAUUUCACUACAAACUUAAAUAAAUUUUCCCUUUGUCAGUUUUAGAGGCUACUCUCAGGUAAUAUUGUGAUAGAUAAAUGAAACGAUUAAAGCCUGUGUCAUCUGGUCAUCGAGAUAAAACUUUAAAUUACUGGAUUGCCAAGGACAUUAAAAAUUACGUGACAUGCGGUCACUAUUAGGUAACAAAGAAUUAUUAAUACAUUCAUAUCAACUCACAGGACAAGCCAAAAUGUCCGGUGACUGUAGGUGUGAGAAAGUUUUAAGGGAAAACAUAAUUAAUGCUUUGAAAAAUGAAAUAAAAACGUGAAAGGGAAUAAGUAAAUUGUUUUGUUAUAAACUUUGAAUAAUUCGAACAUGGCGCAUCAAAUCUAUUUGUUAAAUUGAAAUGGAUGCUGAGCCAUGUUGUUAGAUAUGACUUUUUAGCUUCGCUCAAAUAUAAUGUAAGUGUUUGCGAUUUCACCAUUCUGAACAUUUUACUGAAUAACAUAAAAUCUUUAAACAUGUAUUAGAAUAUUACAUUGUUUAUGGUAAAUGCAUUUAAAAAAAAAAUUAAUUUACAAAUAAAGAAUGCAGAUUUAAAAAAUAUAUAUUACAAGAAAAUAAACAUUUUGUUGUAAUAACUAUUCGUAUAUUUAUAUAUAUGUAAAUAUAUUUACGUUUAAAACCCGAUGCUUUUUGGUAACUAAUAAAUAAGAAAAAUGUAUAUGCUAAAAUUGAAUUAAUAGACAAAUAUCUUUUCUCCUGUCCAUUAUUUGAAAUUUAGCAUACUUGUCCUAAUAUUUCAUUUAAACAAUGUGAAUGCAGUCUAUCAAUUAUUUGCUUUUUGGUAAUCAUUUCGUUCCGUAUUUUAUAUUUAUAAAUAGAGAUCGGUUCCGAAUGCAACAUCACAACAGAUAAUGGUGGAACUUUCGAAAACAUUGGUAAAGCGACAAACUAAUUUAAAGCAUAUUAAAAUAUUGGCACAAGUGGAAAAAAAAACCUAGCUUCGUAAUUUAUCAUACAUUGCAACUCAGUGUACAAAUUCUUGUCUAAGUAAUUUUUACAACUAUUAGUCACUGUCAUAAUAUGUUUUAAUAUAUAUAUUAUUCUAUAUUAGUUUAUAUUUAAUCUGAACAUUCAGAUAUAAUCUAUUGCAUUAUAAGUAACAUUAUUUUUUAUUAUUUAAAACAUCAGACUUCACAAAAUUGGUGUACGGAAUGAUACCGAGUAUACUUUGUGUUGGUGGGCUCGUUGGUCUUAUUACCUUUUGCUGGUAAGGCAACAUUGGUUAAUUAAGAUCAAAUGGGAAUUUACGCAGUAAGUUUCUUCUGUUGAUAUUUAUCUGGUCCGGAGUUUUUUUUCAGCUAGUAGACGGCAAGUCGCUAUUCUCUCUGUAGACUUAGAUAUAUGUUGCUGUUUUUAUAUUAACUGGACUGUUGCACUAUGUUAAUUCUACAACUUAAACUAAUUCGAGCAUUAAAAAAUCAAUAUUCUAAAAUUAAAAAAAAAGUUAAUACUCGCCUAAAGUAAUGAAAAUAUCCCAAAUUUGUUCACAUAAUAAGAACUUGAUUAUUUUAAACUGUUAAAUGAAAAUCAAAUUAUAAUAUCAAAAUUUAAAAAAAAAAUAACUUUUAAGGCAAAUUAGUUUUUUUGUAACUGAUUAUUUAUAUUAUGUAUAUCAUAUAUAUAUAUAUAUAUAUAUAUAUAUAUAUAUAUAUAUAUAUAUUUUUUUUUAAAAAAAAAUAUAAUAUAAAAAAAUAAAAAAAAAAAAACUUUUAAGAAAAAUGAUUUUUUUUGUAACUAAUUAUUUAUAUUAUAUAUAUCAUAUAUAUAUAUAUAUAUAUAUAUAUAUAUAUAUAUAUAUAUUUGUUUUACUGACUGAAAAGUAAAGUAUAACUAUAAUAAAGAACCUAGUAUGUGGCCAAAAGAAAUGUUUUUUCUCUACAGGCGAAAAUGUCGCAAGCACCUUCGUAGCAGCGAAGAAAAGGUAUGCGGAUACUUAGUACGAUUAUCAAAAAACAUUGAAAACAAAAUAGGCUUGCUAUAGAAUAGUAUCUUAUGUUAUUCGUAUGAUACUAAUCCAUGGAACUGAAUAGAACAAAAAUUUUGUAUUCUAAGAGUGUUUACAGGGCACUUAUUUCAAUGUUAGUAAAAUCGUCAACAGUUGCAGAAUAUUGUUUUAGGUGAAUUAAAUAGACGAGACUUUUCACCAGUUAUAUAAAAGGUUUAAAGUUUAUUUUAGAGUUUUCCAGAAAGUUCUAUGUAGUUCUAGUUCCACGUAGCUUUAAAGAUUUAUGAAAAUGAUAAUUGUAUCUAAAUGCUUAUUAAAAUUUUAGUUAAGUUUUAUAACUAUCUAUACUUUACUUGGAAUUUCCUCAAUAUCAUCAACUACAUCUUUCAUAGCUUUCUUGCAGAUUCUUUAGAUUAUAUACCACAUGUUGUUCUAAGUUACUUAUGAUUGUAUGAGUUUGUAUGAUUUUAGUAAAUGUUAUGAAAUCAAUUUAAAUAUAUUUUCAAAUAUCUAUAACUUUCCUAGUAGUCAUUUUUUAUAUUUAUUUUUAAAAUAUAUAUUUAUCUUUUUUGCCAAGAAGAGUAUUUAAUAGUAAUCAUAGAAAAAAUAAAUAAAGGACAAGUAAAUAUAAAAAAAAUACAACUUUUAAAAAGAAUGAAUGGAAAUAUAUGCCUAUGUAUGCAGGUUGUACUAAUUUUAUUUUGUUAUUCUUAUCAGAUAAAGUUAACCAAAUUAGUUACAGUACGUGAUUAUGGUAAAACGACAUAUACGUUGGCAGAUGAUGGCGUUGAUGAACAGGAAGAAAUAAUAAAUAUUUAUUCAUAUUUAAAAACUUUUUAAAAGUAAACGAAUGAUACAUAUGCUAACAUGUCAUAAUAAUAACACCUUCAUUUUCACCGACUUUCUUAUAAAAAUGGCAGGUGCCAUCGAUGGCACAAAACCACACUCGAACCAAACGUAAAAAUCUCAUUAGCGAUUGACCCUCGAUUUAAACUAAAAAGAUUAUCUUUAGGGGAAAUCUAAAGUCGAGUAGGAUUUGAGAGUCAUGUUUUUUUUCUGCUCUCAUACCAAAUAUUCAAAUUAUUUUUUGCCCCUAAUAACUGUAGGGUUAAACGUCCGUUAUCUCUACACAAAUGUUUUGGAUUGGUGUUAUUUUAUAGUGUUUAACAAAAAAGAAAUAAAACCUUAUUAUUAACAUAUGUUAGAUGAAAUAAUUUAUGUAUGAUGUAAGCUGAGGACGGGGCAUUAGAGCGUUGGAAGGGCAAAAUAUAAAAUAAACGAAUAUUUACAUUAUAUUCUAUGAACACAUUAUAAAAAAAAUAUUUAACUGUUGAUGAUUAAAAAAACAUAAGACAUCAAUGUUCUUUUGAAAUGAGGCCUUCGAGUGUCUUAAACAACACAGGUCAAAAAACAAAAUCAACUACUAUUUAUAAAUAAUACCUUGUUCUUAAUAGAAAUAUUGAGGAAAAAUCAUCUUUACCUCUUGUUCGUUUUCUUUAUUAAAUUUUUACCCGUGUGUGUUAAACACAAACAAACCUAGUAUAGUUUUAUUGGUAGGAGGAAUGAUCUAAUGACAAACAAAAAUUUAAUUUAAUUGCAAAGUAUAAUACCGGACUUCAAGAAUCAACAAGUAUUGUUGAAAUGAAAAAAAAUAAUAAAUGACAUAAAUGUUACCAUACUAAGACUGCUUUGAAGCCUUUGCGAGGACUGCUCCUAGGCAAUAAAUGUUUCGUCCCAGCUACAAUGUGAGCUAGCCACAAAGUAGAAACCAUGUUUAGAAUGCAUAUUAGAGGGCCUCUGUCGCAACACCGGGAUGGGAAAGUGGUGUUUUAGGGACGUUACAUAUAUCCCACUCCUCUAGAAAGUUCGACUGCGAAUGCUGUGAAAGCAGCACCACCAGCGGCCUGGUGUUGCUACGUUGAUGCCGAAUUGUCAAUCGAGUGGAUGGACGAUGGGUCUGUCUCGAUGGCGGAUGGGUCUGUCUCGAUGGCGGAUGAGUCUGUCUCGAUGGCGGAUGAGUCUGUCUCGAUGGCGGAUGGGUCUGUCUCGAUGGCGGAUGAGUCUGUCUCGAUGGCGGAUGCGUCUGUCUCGAUGAUGGAUGCGUCUGUCUCGAUGGCGGAUGAUUCUGUCUCGAUGGCGGAUGGGUCUGUCUCGAUGGCGGAUGAGUCUGUCUCGAUGGCGGAAUACCCCUCACGUACCCCUUUGUGGCCCGACUAGAAUAAAGAUUGGUGAUGGGCUAUGUAGAUGGCCAGUUUGGGGAGGGUGGGGGUAGUACGUUAGAGAAGACUUACUGAACUCUGUCUCGAUAGUUUGAUAUUUUUCUUAAGUGUUUAAUUUUAGAUAGUAAACUCUGAUAAAAUAAACGUAAAGUAAAUAAAGUUUCCAGUUCCAAAUCCUUAAAAGGUUUUAAAAUUCAUAUCUUGCAGAACUGAUAUAUAUAUAUAAUAAGAUAGUAUUAAUCUAUAUUUACAUUAUACUUAUAAAAGAAAUUACAAGAAGCUCCUACUAAUGGAAGGGACAGCAAUGACGUAUUUGAAGCAACGAUAAAUAGUUAUGAAGGAUCAUAUAUAAGACAGGUAAUGAUAUCAACAAGUAUAACUUAACUUCUUACAUGAAGUCUCUAUUUUAUACGUAAUAUUCUUUUGUGUAUAAUUAUUUAAUAUGUAUCACAUUAUAUAACUUUUAAUUAUAAUGGAUUAGAUUGGCAGGUAGUCAAUUUAUUUUUUUUGUUUUAAAUUAAAUUGCUUCUGUUUUUUCCAUUGAAAGCAUUUUAGUCGAAACUUCCGUUAUCUAAUAGCGUGAUCCUUAAGAUGUUCCCCUGCUCUUUGCAUUAUAUUUCAUUUUGGAUAGAUAGGCAAUUUUAGGAGUAUGGUCGUUUUUCCGAAGGACUUGAUUUCGUCAAUUUUCGGGGGGGGGGGGGGGGGGGCAAGACUAUUUGGGCUGCCGUGGCUCCUCUUACAUGACGCUUUUGAAAGAAAUAUAAGGAACGCUAACUUGCAGUGGGAGAUGAUCGUUGCUCACUUUUUCGACUAACGAGCAGCAGUGGUCGCGGAAAGUGCCAAUGAGCUAAUCGAUUGUCUCUUGUAGAAGGCAUGAUCCCAAUGCACGUAUAUUUACCUACUCUUAUUAUUGCAGAAGUUCCUCAAAGAAAAUAUAUUUUAAUGUGUAUUUUAAAAAAAAAUAUGCUGUAGAAUGUAAAAUUCAAAAUAUAGUGGAAUCUAAAAUAGAACUUAAAUUUAAAGAAGUGAUAUUUAAGUUGAAUUAAAACAAAAAAACUAGUGCUAGAAAAAAUACUGGAUUAAGAUGAAAAUGAAAUACUGUAUGAACUUCUGUAUAUAUAUUUUGUUAAAACUCUAUGUUGAUGGUUCGUGAAAUAUUGCAACCGACUAGUUUUUUAAUGUUUAAUAUUUUCAUCUUAGCCACAGAAUGUGGAUGAUUCUGUUGAUUACGAAACGUUCUUGGUUCGUGGAGAAACACGAAUCCUUGUGCCCUCUUCGGAUGACCCAAACCUAUAUCAGAAUUACUUAGAUGAAGGAUUUACGUUUCAGUUCACAGAAAGGUUGGUUUUGGAAUACUUAUUUGUCAGGUCACAUACGAAAAUAUAGUUUUCAACAAAUACGAACCUGUUUUCAUUUGAGAAAAGACUAAUAAAAGGAUAUGAACAGAAUAAAAGAGAAAAUGAAUUAUGUUUUUGUAAAGUAAAAAUAGAGAGAGAGAGAUAAAUGGUAAA